UAUAAAAAUCACCCUUUCUGCUCAGCCCCUACACACCAUAAUAUAAAACACAAAAACAAAAAUAUCCAACAAAAAAUAAAACAGAGACACAGACAAUUCUUGAGAGCAAAAAAGAAAUUCAUCAAUCACUCAAUCAAUCCUUCAAUGUUCAAGAAAUGGCAAUUUCAACUUCAGACACACAAUUGAAUCCAAACCCAACAACAAUAAUCAAACCCAUUCAACAAUUAGAAGUAGAGUCAGUCAAAUGCUACUCUUGUGGCUUCACAGAGGAUUGUACUUUUGCUUACAUUUCCAGAGUUCGUGAGCGCUACCAUGGCCGAUGGAUUUGCGGGUUAUGCGUAGAAGCUGUGAAAGAUGAAGUCUUAAGAUCCGACAAGCUUAUUUCUACUGAAGAAGCUUUGAACAGACAUAUGAGUUUCUGUAAUAAGUUUAGAACUUCUUCUUGUUCUAAUUCCUUGAGUGAAACAGAGCAUCCUAUCUCUGUUCUGGGUCGAAUUCUUCGACGCAGUUUGGAUUCUCCUCGACAUGCUCUUCGAUCAAAUUCUAGCAGCGUUUUGCCUGACGUUGAUAAAAUUAAUAACGGGUCUUCGUUGGUUCGAUCUGGGAGUUGUUUUUCCGCUUUGUCUCGUUGAAUAAAUUUCUCGAUUCGUUGGUAGUUCAAGAAAAGAACGUAACUGCAACUUUAGUAGAAUACUGCUUAGCGUUUAUAUCAUUUGAGCUGUAGCUCACUGGUAAUAUAGAUUUUUCACUGUUUGAUUCUGUGUAUAUACCAAUUAAUUAAUCAUGUUGAUUUAGUAUUUCUUGAUAUCUUUCAAUUCUUUUUGCUGUUGUUCUUUUCUUUAGUGAUAUGAAAUUAUCAAAUUCAAUUUUCAUGAA